GACUUAGUCCGUGUACACUGACUGUUGGUUGAGAAAUAUUCGAAUAUCCAAACAUUUCUCAACCAACAGUCAUUGUACUAGGACUAGUUGUAACUUGUUGUCAAUCAAGGCAGUGACCAUGCAUGAUUUCAUCGUUCCCAAUAAUUAGGGUGAUAUAGGGAUUAACUCGACAUGAAAAGGACUCCCUGCUGUGUAGAAUACACAUCACGAUACUAAAUGCUUUUCACCUCCUGCUAAUAUUUGUUCAUAACCUGAAAACCACUGAUAGAGCAGAUGUCUGCCACUGUACCGUGGACCGUCUAUACUCAAGCAGCAACUUUCAGAGCAAUCUGGGACUAUAAAUAGGAUGUCAUCGGGAAGGGGUGAAUAGUAAUACAGGCUUUCCAGCAGCAUUUUUCACAACUGUGUAGAAUAAAGACCAAUUUGUGCUUCCUGGGAGCAUUAUACUUUUUAAAAUUUUAAACAAUUAGGUUCAUGUAAUCCUAUCAUCAGGAAGGAAACUUACCUUACAAACUAAUUAAUGAUAAAUCAUUCACUGAGCUGCUCAAGGUGAUAUUUUGCUCAUUUUGCAAUUUCUGCUUUUGAGACAGUCUUUUUUUUUUUCAGGAUCAUUUUCCUGAGUACAACGUGCUUUGAAAUUUUGCACAUGCGCAGCUAAAUGCAUAGUUAGAAGGGAAACCAAAAGAAAACAGUGUCACCAAGUUUUGAUGUCUCAAAAAGUUUUAAAGAAUAUCUGAGUUUUCAAAACUUUUGGACCUUGUGAAAACUUUAACAUGACUGUUUGCCUCCAACCCAAACGUAAAAAGUUGACAUAUAGUCAUCUAGGGGGACAACAAUUUGAGACAAAUAUUAAAAACCUGUGGGACCUUCUAGUAGUGUAAAUAGUAAACCAAAUCACUUGAACAGUGAAACUUUAGAAAUAUAAUAAAUUUGCCCAAAAAUAGUAUUUUGAAAAAAAGCUCUAAUAAAAAGUAAGAUAAAUGUUGAAAUCUAUGUGUCGAAACAGACAUUCGUAUACCGAUCAUUGAGGACGUUCCUGGUCAAUAAGCUUAUUCGUUCCUGGUCAGUAAGCUAAUUCCCAAAACGACGUUUAACACAAACUACGAAAGAACUAAGGAAGUAUUUAAAGUUUGAAAAUAGAAUGAUAUCAUGCAAAGAGAAGCAAUCAACAGUUUUCAUUGAUAUAAGAAAGAUGCAAGGUAUAAUCUAGGCGACUGAGUGAUAUUAGUGUUCAAACCGUGUACCAUGCUAGAUUAUAAGUUGUCACUAGUAAAGUAUGUAUCUCAGUUGCGCUUUUGUUGCAACCGUUAAUAUGUUCAAAGCGGUGAUCUAAUUCAACUCGAUGAAUAUACGGUCCUACAUGUAAGACCUGUUUGUCUGCGGUUGAAUCACCUGUGAGACUAUCUUACGUUGUUGGGUGGACACGUGACUGGCUUUUGGGGAACAAGUGUUAAAUAUAUGCUGGACAAAGAAACGCAAAUGCUCUGGUGGGUUUUCACAAGUGCCACAGCAUGAGAAUUCAUUAUGUGAGACAGAAGUAAUCAGUAUAAGAGUAGGAGUAUCUUUAAAUAUGUUUCUUCCCUUCCUUCUGAGUUUGGACAGUGUUCCCGCUGAGGGACUCACAAGGAGAAGCAGCCUAGAGGGUAAUGUCUGGCAGUCAAGACGGUACAGCUCCUGGGUGAAAUGUAUGAAUGAAGACUGGCUGUGAUCUUGGCAAAACACGUCUUGACUGCUCGGCUGUCGUGGAGGGAAUGGCGGAGCUACUAUGGCUUUCAAGUAUUAAUGAGUUGCCAUGUACAGUGUAGACUGAGGGAGUGAGAACAACGCUGUAGUUGUGACUGAAGGUGAAAAUGGAGACGGUGUUGGAGUACGUCCAGGAGAAUGCCACAGCCAUAGGGUUAGGCGUGGGCACAGCUCUUCUGACAGGAGCCAGCGCUGUGGGAUAUUAUUUACUUUCACCACCAGACCCUAUCAGAGUGCCCAUUGACUUGGGCAAACAGGCAGAUGUAUUACCAGACGGUGUUUAUGCGUCCCCAUUCCUGGAGGAUGGUAAGCUGAUGGACCACAUCUACCAUGACUGCCGCACACUCUAUGAGGGAUUCCAGAGAGGCAUGAGAGUCUCCAACAAUGGGAAAUGUUUGGGUUCACGAACUGGGCCUAACAAGGAGUAUGAAUGGCUAACCUACAAACAGGUGUUCCAGCGAGCUCACAGAUUUGGCUCUGGUCUUCUACAGCUGGGCAUGAAGCCUGGGCCGGACAGUUUUCUUGGCAUAUACAGCAAUAACAGACUAGAGUGGGUUCUGGCUGAGCAAGGUUGUAACAUUUAUUCCAUGGUGAUUAUCCCCCUUUAUGACACCCUGGGACCUAAUGCCUGUGCCUUUAUAAUAAAUCAAGCUGAGAUUUCCACAGUGGUGUGUGAUAAGCCAGAGAAGGCCCAGCAGCUCCUGGACCAGGCAGACAAGAUUCCACACCUGAAGCGUAUUAUCAUGAUGGACCCAGUCUCCAACAAUAACACCCUUCUUGCAGAAAAACACAACAUCAAGCUAUACAGUUUUGCUGAGGUGGAGGAUCUGGGCCGACAGAAUCUGCGAGACCCUGUGCCACCCAAACCAUCUGACCUGGCAACAAUCUGUUACACCAGUGGUACAACAGGUGACCCUAAGGGUGUUAUGCUGACCCACAGUAACUUGACUGCCUCAAUAGCUUCAGUGACUUUCUUUGCUUUGCAUGGGAUGAAUUUAUCCUCAGAAGAUUGUCAUCUGUCAUAUUUACCACUAGCUCACAUGUUUGAGAGAGGUUCACAGUUCAUGAUAUUCUGUCAUGGGGCUCACAUAGGGUUUUACCAAGGGGAUGUGAGGAAGAUACUGGAUGAUUUACAGACUCUGAAGCCCACACUAUUCCCAACUGUUCCUCGUCUACUGAAUAGGCUCUAUGAUAGAGUUCAGCUCAGUGUGAAAGGAAGUAAAUUCAAGUCAUGGCUGUUAAAAACUGCUAUCAGUCAGAAGGAAAAGGAAAUACGCAGAUUUAUAGUGAGGAGGAACAGUAUCUGGGAUAUACUGCUGUUCCGCAAACUUCAGAACCUGCUGGGUGGCAGAGUAAAGGUUAUCAUCACAGGGUCAGCGCCACUCUCUGCGGAGGUGCUCACCUUUGUCAGGUGUGCCCUGGGAUGCAUCGUUGUAGAGGGGUAUGGUCAGACAGAAGCCACAGCUGGCAUCACCUUCCAACUUCCAGGAGAAUACUCUGCAGGUAAUGUUGGAGGUCCCCUCCCAUGUAAUUUUGUGAAGCUUGUGGAUGUACCAGACAUGGAUUACCAUGCAGCUGAGGGUAAAGGGGAGAUUUGUGCCAGAGGUCCUAAUGUUUUCAGUGGUUACUAUAAAAACCAUGAGGAGACAGAUAAGGUUAUGGACAGUGAUGGCUGGCUCCACACAGGUGAUAUUGGCAUGUGGUUACCGAAUGGAACAUUGAAAAUAAUCGACAGGAAGAAGAACAUUUUUAAGCUUGCUCAGGGUGAGUAUGUGGCUCCAGAAAAGUGUGAGAAUGUGUACCUGAGAAGCCGGUACAUUUCUCAAGUCUUUGUACAUGGAGACAGCCUCAAGACAUGUACAGUGGGUAUUGUUGUACCUGACAUGGAUGUGUUCCCAGGGCUUCUGAAGGAGCUUGGGCUGUCCGGUGAUGCUACAGAGCUCUGCUCACACAAGGAUGUGAAGAAACAUAUAUUUGAUGAUAUGAUGAAGAACGGAAAAGAGGCUGGCUUGCAUUCCUUUGAACUGGUGAAGGACAUCUUUAUCUCUUCAGAGCCGUUCACGUCAAAAAAUGGUUGUCUUACACCAACAUUUAAGAACAAACGUCCAGCAUUGUUGAAGAAAUUCACCAAACAGAUUGAGGAGAUGUAUAAGAGAAUAGGCAAAUAAGAUUGGAUUUUGCCUACUUGUGGUAAAGGCUUAAGGACCAUUUUUGCCCUGCCCACUUACAUGAACAUCCUUUACUGUGUGUAUUGUCAUUUAUUAGAAUCUUUUCCUACCAGGUACAACCGCCAUGAACAAUUGCCUGUACUUUAUCUUACAUAUGUCAUCAGAGCUGAAGUUUUUGACUUAAAAAUAUGGAAAUUAUCAGUUUUUUCGUUUUCAAUGUGGAUGGAAAUUUUUAGUGGUUUGUUUAGUUUAGUGAAAUAUAAUUAAGAAAGACUGUAUUUGAAGUUAGCAAAUUUUUCCUCCAGAUUUAAUUUAUUAAUGGCUACAAUUUAAUGGUUAAAAUUUCAAAAUUUAUGUUCUUCAAGUAUACAAGUCAUGGAUGAACUGAAUUUAUUGUUGUUAUAUCACUGUAUAAACAUUUAUAUUUGUAUAAACAUUUAAUUCUAGAUUAGUAUGUGGUGUAGAUUGUUACAAAUGUAGUGAAAUACGUGGACAAAUUAUCAUAUUCUGGAACAAAAAAAAUUAAGCGCUAGACCAUUACCCUAGUUUAAUAAUAUGAGCAAAACUAUUGGGGUGCCUUGAAGCAUGCAUCUUCAGUUAUUUUUAUAGGUUGCUAUUUUGUAUUUAAGCUUUUGAUUUUUAGGAUAGGCAAUAAUUUCUUUAAUAUACAUUUUUAAUACUUCUUUUACAAUAGUGUUACAUGAAAACUGCUACAUAAAUGGUCACGUUUAAUAUGUGGUUCACAUAGUGGGAUUUGGGGGAUACAGAUAGGGAUGAAAGUUGGAUGGACUUUUCAAGACAAUGUUGUAGUAUUACUGGUAUGACAGCUGAUGAGAGCUGUAACAGGGAAUAUUGCCCAACUAAAACAAGUCUGCCUAAACCUUAAACUCCUGUUUGUUUCUGCAAUACACGGUGAUGUGCGUCAGUUUCUGUGUAAUUUUGCUGGUAAACCGAAGUAGUAGUCCACAAGCAUUGGAGCGUAACAGGGGAAGAUGACUUGGUACCUGUUUGUAUGGUUGGGAAAUGUUGAGUGAUUAUUAAAGCCCAUUGCCUCACGUGCCAAAAUCUGUCUUGAGACUGUAAAUAAAUUUCGUAUAUAUUGAGAUAUGCAGGUUUAAACAUCUUGCUCUGUCUCUCUUCUGUUUGUACAAAAUCAUGUUUAUACCUUUUCAUAUGACUGAGAACAUCUUCAUUAGUAAAUGCAUGUUUGUCAUUCUAGGCAUGCUAGUAGAUGUCAUGAACAAUAUCAUCAAGAAAUAAAGUCUUUAUAAAUGUUUGUAAUACUUGUACAUAAUGUUAAUAUCACAAGCAACAGCUAACUGGUACAUUAUUUAAUAAGAAAUGAAAUAGCAAGAACCCUUAAUUAAUUUUUGAUACAGGCCUCUGUGAUACACCCACUUUUUACCUGAUACUUUUAUAUUUACAUAUGAAUGUGUUCUGCGUAAUAAUGGAUAUCUGAUAAAUAGGAACCUGGUUUCAUGGACAAAUACCACUGACCGACAGGUAAAUUUACUCUAACUGUACUAGACUUUUGAUACCUAUUUAUUUGUGAAGGUACUGGGAGAGAUAGCAAUGUGGUUCCCCGUGGUCCUUGAAUUUUACUGAAAGAUUUUCGAGUUGUGUCAUUGAAAGUGCUUAUUUUUCAAUGUUAAACAUCAUAAUGCAUAAAUGGACCAUUACAUAAGCUACCAAAAUGGCAUCCAUUAAUCUUUGUAUGAUGUUAGUACCCUACUUAAGCUGAGUGGUCUGUGAAUGUGCUGAAAAACAUAGGGUAUUAGCUUAUUUAAGGUCCUUAAAAAUCAUGUUUUUUCGUGGGUGGGGACUGUGUUGAGGUUUUCCCAGCAAUUUGCAUAAAGCUCAUUUAAUGUGA